GUUCAGCGGGAAGCGUUCAGGUCUGCAGCACCGAGCUUCAGGUGCCGUCCUCUGCUUCUGGAUCAGCUUGCUCUGGGUCAGGAUCUGGUGUGUGGAAGGUUCCACCGUCAGAACUCAAAGAAGAACCAGAAACUGGACUUCAGCUGAUGCUCUGUGACAGUUCUCACCAGGAACCUGGUUCGGUUUUAGUCCAGCAUCUGUUCGUGGUGCUCUGAUGUUGGAGGGAGAACAAAGAAGAGAAGUAUGGAAACAGCUGUGGAACCGUGCGGUCGGGGAAGACCUCUGUAAAAACUGAAGUGGAACGAGAGGAGCUUUCUGACGUCCUUCAGACCUUUAGAUUUUCCACAUGACUGAACACAAGUAGACGACAAAACCAGGUGGAGCGCCCCAGCAGAGGAGCAAACAUGAAGCUUUGUCAGUCUUUCACCACUUUGAGCACCAUCGCCGUCCACGCCGGCCAAUCUCAGAUCAUCAUCUCCGUCCUGAAGAGUGGAUCUCUGGUCCACCUCCAGCUGGUCCAGGUGCAGCCAGGACUCUGUGAGAUCGGCUUGAACCAGGCGGAAAACCAGGUGCUGAUCCAGGAACAACAGCAGCUGCUGGAGAAACUCCAGAAGCAUGAAGCUGAAGUUUUAUCUGUGGUGGAGAAGAAAGAGGCAGAGCUGAGGCGGAGGGAUGGAAGGAGGAUGAAGCAGGAGGAAGAGGAGAAACUGAACGAUGCCAUGGAGGCGUCCCUGAGAGAGGGAUGGUCGCUGCUCCUUCUGCUCCUGAAAAGACGGCUGGACGUCCUGAUGCUGGCUUCAGACUUUUACCGCCGAGCACUGGAGUUCUCUGGCAACAUGGACCAGUUUGAGGAUCUUCAGAUUGAAGCAGAUGAAGCCAGACUGACUGAGGUCCAGAGAACCUACGACUCCAUGAGGAGAGGUGUCCUGGGGAAGUCCCUGCAGGUUUUAAACAGCAGCAGCAUCCUGCUGCAGAAACUCAGACAGCUGCAGAAGACCGAGGCCCUCCAGAGGAGAGGAGGAGUACUGCAGGAGGAGGCGGAGGAGGAAGAGGAGGAGGAAGUGUGUUCCCAGAGUUCCUGGAGCAGCAGGGGUCCGGCUCUGAUGCUGGAGCAGCUGGUGGAGAAGCUGCAGGACCGGAGGAGGAAGGUGGAGCAGACCGUCAGGCUGCAGCUCCAGCAGGCAGAGAGCAUCAUCACCAUGCUCCAGAAGGAGUGCAGAGGCGGAUCUGAUGUCUGGUGUCUCUCAGAUGGAAACAUCCUGGACCAAAAUGUACCGUUUGGAUCCACAUCAGCAGAUCUGCACUCAGAAACCAGAACCACGGAUCCAGGAUCCAGCUCAGACCAGCAGCCUGAAGACCAGGUCCAAGCUGUGUCAGAUGAGACUGAAGAGCUGCAGUCUGAAUUCAGAGAAGACGAAGAACUGAACUCUGAGUUAGACCUGAACUCUGAAUCUAGAUCGCAUCAAACCAAACAUUUAAAGCCUGGAUCUGGAUCGUAUGAGUCCAGAUCACUGAGGUCCAAAGACCGCCAACAUAAUCCCCAUUCAGACCUGAAUUUGGAGUCCCAAUCAAAGGGAACCAGAAACUUCAGUCUGAGUUCCAGAUCAGAUCUGAAAUUGGACUCUACACCAGGAAAGACCAGAUAUCUGAAGACCAGCUCCAGAUCAGGGGAGACUACCAAAACCAGAUCCAAGACCAAAGAGGUGCACAUUAAAUCUACAUCAGAAAUGUGGGCUAGAUCCAGAUCAGAACAGACCAGAGACCUGAAGACUGGUUCUCACCUAGACCUGCAGGAGUAUUUUGGACCAAAGGAGACCAAAACCUCUCAGUUGGGUUUCACUUCAGUCCUGGAGAAUGAAUCCUUGUCUGAAGUGAAGCUGGGAUCUGGAUCACAUCUAGAAUCAGGAUCUAGAUUAGAGAUAAUCAAGGACCCAAGGCCUGGAUCUGGAUCAGAUGAUGCCAGGAAACUGGAAUGGAGACCAGUGAAGGCCAGAAACCUUCAGCCUGGUUUCAGACCAGUUCUGAAACCCAUAUCCAUAUCAGAUGAAAAGCGUGACUCCAGAUCAGAAAAGACCAAAGUCCCGCAGUCAGGAUCCAGAUUCAAAGAGACUCAAGUCCAGCGAUCAGCGGUGGAAGACAUCAGUCUCUCCAAAGCGAGCAACAUCCGGGACAAACCCAACCAGGAUGAGCCCAACCACAACAUAUGCAACCAGGACAAACCCAACCAGGAUCAGCCUACCCGGGACAAGUGCAACCAUAACGAAUGCAACCAGGACAAACCCAACCGGGAUCAGCCCACCCGGGACGAGUGCAACCAGAACAAACCCAACCGGGAUCAGCCCACCCGGGACGAGUGCAACCAGAACAAACCCAACUGGGAUCAGCACACCCAGGACAAGCCCAACCAGGAUGAGCCCAAACAGGACAAACCCAACUGGGAUGAGCCCAACCAGGACGAAUGCAACCAGGACAGACCCAACCAGGAUCAGCCUACCCAGGACGAGUGCAACCAGGACGAAUGCAACCAGGACAAACCCAUCCGGGAUCAGCCCACCCGGGACGAGUGCAACCAUAACGAAUGCAACCAGGACAAACCCAACCGGGAUCAGCCCACCCGGGACGAGUGCAACCAGAACAAACCCAACCGGGAUCAGCACACUCAGGACAAGCCCAACCAGGAUGAGCCCAAACAGGACAAACCCAACUGGGAUGAGCCCAACCAGGACAAAUGCAACCAGGACAGACCCAACCAGGAUCAGCCCACCCGGGACGAGCGCAACCAGAACAAACCCAACCGGGAUCAGCCCACCCGGGACGAGUGCAACCAUAACGAAUGCAACCAGGACAAACCCAUCCGGGAUCAGCCCACCCGGGACGAGUGCAACCAUAACGAAUGCAACCAGGACAAACCCAACCGGGAUCAGCCCACCCGGGACGAGUGCAACCAGAACAAACCCAACCGGGAUCAGCCCACCCGGGACGAGUGCAACCAGAACAAACCCAACCGGGAUCAGCACACCCAGGACAAGCCCAACCAGGAUGAGCCCAAACAGGACAAACCCAGCUGGGAUGAACUCAUCCUGGAUGAACGCAACCAGAACCCAGCAGCUGGAACCAGCGGGCAGGUGGCAGACCUGCAGAGCAUGCUGGGAAAUGGAAUGCCACAUGGAGAAGACUCCGCCCACUGCAUCCUCCUGACCAAUCAGAGGCAGCAGCUGCUGAUGGCAUUUGAAUGCCUUGAGAAAAAGGUGAGCAUCUGGAUGCAGGAGAGCAGCACUGUGUUAGCAAACAGCUCUGAAGAAGUACGGCAGCUUUCUGAGACCGAACACACUCUGGACACACACUUGCAGCUCCACAACCAGGCUCAGUCUGCAGGUUGUGAUGUUCAGAACCUGAAACAGAUCCUGGAUCAGCUCCAAGCUCUGCAGGUUCCAGCUAGCAGAACCAGUAGUUCCGGGUCCCAGCCUCAGAGCCAACCCAGCAGACAGCCGUCCACUCUGAAGGCUCUGACGGAGCAGCUGAGGAGAGGUGGGCCCAAAACACAGACCAGAACCGGCACCACCCAGUCCAGGACACUGACAGCUGGUCCAACUGGGCCACCAAGUCCUGAGCUCUCCGGUCGAGUGGAUCUGGUUCUGAAGGAGCUGCAGAGUCUGGAAAUGAAGAUCCGCUCUAACUUACAGACGCUGCAGCCCUUCGUUAUCUUCCUCAGAGCCGCUCAGCAGGUGGAGAAGGAGAUGGAGGACCUGAGGUUCAUGUCCAAGAGGGGGCCACGAGGAGAAGAGGAGGAGGAUGAGGAGGAAGCCACCAGUAAAACCAGGGUGGACACCUGCUGGCAGCAAACUCUGCAGAGGGUCCUCGACGCUGAAGAGCUUGGAAACAUCUGCAUCCAGGCUGUUACCAUGGUCCUGGGAUCGGGGCUGAACCUGGACUUGGUUCUGUUGGUGGUACAGCAGACAUUGCAAAGACUCAACAAAACCAAAGAGGAAAUGAAGGAGAUGCAGGCUCACCAUCAGAACCAGGACAUGAAGUUCUGGAGGAGGUACCAGGAGAGACUGAUGAAGACCCAUCAGGACCUGAACUGUGUCGCUGAUCUGUUGGACUCCUGUACUCUGAUGGAUCUGGGUUCGGACCUGCAGACCUUCAGGUUGCUAGACCACUUCAGACAGGCCAGGCCUCAUUUCAGGCGACUGGAUGCUGAGGUGGAGAAUGUGGCAAAGACCUGGGAAGUUCUGAGAGGAGUUCAGGACCAGCUGGAGGAGGAGGAGAGAGGAACAGUGAAGGAGGAAGAUCUGAUGGAGCUGCUGAAGCUCCAGAAGACCAUGACAGAGAAGAUCCAGCAGAGUGAGUCCAUCCUAGACCUGAGCAGCAGCUUCCACCUCACAGCCAAACAGUUGGAGGUUCUGCUGCAGUCAGAACCCAGCAGUUCUUCAGCUGGUUCCACGGGGUCAUCUGGAUCCACUGAUACACAGCAGCAGAUCCAGAACCUGCUAGAAACUGCUUCCAUGCUGAAGUCGGACGUCUGUGCUGCUGUUGCUCAGAGUGGUCGGACCGGUUUCCAGGUGGAGCAGCUGGAGGCUUGGUUCGGAUCUCUGGACUCUCUCUGCAGGUCGUGGCUGAACGAAGCUGCUCGACAUGAAGAGAAGCAGCGAAGAGAACAGCUGAUCCGACUGCUGCUUGGAGACGUCGGCCAGCUUCGUGACUCUUUCAGGGACGUGAAGAAACGUUUCAGCAACACCAAGUUUAACUAUCUGAAGAGGAACGACAGGACGAGGAACGUGAAGGCCAUCAGGAACCAGCUGCAGCAGGUGGAGCUGUACCAGGAGAAGCUGCAGGCGCUCAGGAAGCGUGUGCACGACGUAACUGCUCGGCUGGGCUCGGAGGUGAAGGACGGGGGCGUGGCCCGGCAGGUGGAGGAUGCCACCAAUGAGCUGCAGAGACAGAUGGGAGAGUUUGAACGAGGCAUCUGUGAACACCAGAAGACCCUGGACAUGACCUGCAAGCUGCAGCAGGCCAUGGAGGAGUACCAGUUCUGGUGUGAGGAGGCCAGUGCUACCAUCACCCGUGUCAGGAAGUUUUCCAUCAAGUGUCGCAGCACAGAAGCCGUCAACGUCCUCUACCGGCAGUUUGAGAAGUUCGUGUGGCCGACGGUUCCUCAGCAGGAAGAGAGGAUCAGUCAGAUCUCAGAGCUGGCAGUCCGGCUCCACGGGGUGGAGGAGGGGCGGCACUACACUGAGAAGACAGUCAAUAAACACUCAGAGAUGGUGGCAUCCAUCAGAGAGCUGAGUGAUGGACUGAUUGAACUGGAGGCCAAACUGAAGUUGGAGAGUUUGAAACGGCAGAAUGACGAAGAAGAAAAACAGAGAGAGCAGAGGAGAGAGAAAGAGAUGGAAGAGAAAGAGAACAAGAUGAAGGAAAAGAAGAAAGAGAAAGACGAGUGCAGUACAGGGGAAGCAGCUGACAUGUAUGAGCUGAAAGAGACAGGCCACACCCCCGAGCUGACCGCCGAGCAUCAUGGGAAGGAGGCUCCGGUGAGGAGGUCAGGAUGGGAAGGCCUCGCAGAGAUCAGACAGUCAAACAGUAAGAGGUUCACAUCCUCCUACAGUGCCUCCUUCAGCAUCUCCUCCUCCCCCAUGGAGGCCAACCGACAGGUGAACAUUAUUCACAGCCAUUCACAGCCUGUCGUAACCAAGUCUCAGGCCAAAUACCCUCCUCUCAUUGGUCCAUCAUUUUCUGACAUACAAGAGGAGUUUCAGAAGAAGGAGAUCCAAGAAACUCUGCAAGAGAUGGUGUCAACUUGCUGUGGAUUAACCACGGCACUAUCACAGGAUGCAUCAGCAGCGGCAGAGAUACAACAGGAAGUGAUGAUGGAGGAUUCUCUGUCCAAUGAUGAAUACGACUGUGUAUCACCUGAUGAUAUUUCCCUGCCACCACUGGCAGAGACACCUGAGUCCAACAUGUUCCAGUCAGAUGUGGAAGAGAGCUUCUGUUUUAGUUCCCAUAGUAUCCACAUCAGCCAGUACUGCCACCAGUGCCUCACUCAGUCAGAACAGGCUGGAACUGGUGCUGUCCCACAGCUGGUAGAGCCUAGCCAGAGAGACGGUUGUCCAACGUCUUCCAUCAGUCUUCACAGCAGCUCAAGGUUCAGAACAGAGUCCACUUCCCUUGUCCAGAGCCCACUGACAGUUCCCGCUCCAAGACUCUUCACCAGCACCUUGUGCACCAUCCUGAAGAACAGGAAGACCAUCACAGAUAAUUACCAACAGAGUGCUGACCUCUCCCUUCCUCCAGAGAGCAGAAGCAUGGAUGGGUUUUUCAAAGAUGACUAUGUCCCUAAGAAGAGGAGCUCUUCACCUAUCACCCAAGUGAUAAGUGAUAAUGUCCCUACUCCCCAGGCUUCAGAUCUGAGUCAGUCCUGCUGUCCUGAGCCUGCAAGAGGUACUGUGCUGCACAAAUGUAGUCCUCAUGACCAUCAUUGUCAAACUGUCAUUUGGGACACCAGUUUAACAGAAUCUCUACAUGACUCAGAGAGUCGGCUCCACCAGGAUAUGAAUCCAAUCCAAAGAUCAAGACAAACUACACCUCAAACAGAAGAUCUGUCCAGGACCAGCACCAGUUCAGUGACCCAGCAGAACAUUUACUUCCAGUCCUUUUCUGAAAGUCAUUGUGCUGUAUCACAACACAGCAACAUUUCAGCUGAAGAAAAACCCUCAUCCCUGAUAAGAACCCAGCUUCAGGUUGAACCAGUCCUUAAGACCAAAUGGUUUGCUGCAAGAUCCAACCUCCCUGAUCCUGUUUUGCAUAAAUACAUUACCCAUCCAUUGGAAACUGACCAACUCCAGCUUUUUACUACCCCCCAAACCAAUACAAAACCCCCUGACGAACUCAAGAUUUCACAGUCUAUCACAGGUUUGAUAAGUGCCCUAAAUCAAGAUGUACCUUCCUCUGUAAGCAGGAAGGAAGCAGCCUUGGCAGCCACAUCCAGAGGCAAUAGCCUAACAGGAACCACUCCUUCCACCCAGCAGACUGCCUACUGCAGCUCUCAGCCAGAAAAGUCCUUCAACCAGGGUACCGUUGAUCCACCUGAUGGGCGCACCCAUGGUCCUCUACAGAUAAACACCAUCAACAACAUCCAAUUCAGCAACAAGCAGAGUCUCCAGACAGUCCGCUCCCUCCAUGAGUCUCAGACCUCCACCCAUGUCCAACAGUGUGUGCAUGGCACAGGCAUGAGUCCCAGCAUCCUCACCCAGCCUCAGACUGAGGCUCAGACCCAAGCUUUGUCUCAGCAGGCUAACCUGCAUGUCACACCCCCUUCUUCUCCACCUCAUCUACUAACUCCACAUCAAGACCCUGACAUUUGUCUGCCCAUGGCCAUCCGCGAGGAGAUCAGGCUUACGCCUCAGAUCCAGGGGCCUCCCCUUCUUCCUCCUCACCUGACCCAGACAGAGUCUCUUCCCCAGGGAAAAGCCUCUAGACCUGGCCCUCCCUACUUCACCAGGCCCCUGUCUCAAGCCACCGUCAUGGAGGGCUCUCCAGUGACCCUCGAGGUGGAGGUGAUGGGACACCCAGAGCCAAUGCUCACGUGGUGGAAAGAUGGAGAGGUGUCAGCCAGUGAUCCUGGCCAGGCGCUGCCCUGCGAAUAGGGGAAGCACUUCCUGUUCCUCCCGGAGGGGGCGAAGUCAGACGGGGGUCUGAACGAGGCCCGAGCCACCGGCGGUCAGGACUUGGAGCAGGCAGCAGGUACCAGCAGCUGCGAUGAAAAGUGGCUGGUGGCUGAAGUGUUGGACAUCAUCAUUGUGGACUGGUACACCUGGUUCGGGACUCUGUGUGUCCUGCUGUGGCUGAUCUACCUGAUCAUACUCUGAGAACCAACACGUUCUUCAUGUUCUCCACCAUCUCUGCUUCUAAGAUUAAUUUAUUGUCAUGAUAUCUACUGAUGUAUACUGUAGCUUGAUUUUAAUGUUUGUGUUGCUCAAACUGUAACCCAGUAAAGUCUGACCUGGCUUAAUUUAGUAGAACAUCUUUGCUGAAUA